AUGGGUAGUACGAACGAACCGGGCAACCACGCCCUCAUCUUUGGCGCCUCUGGCAUCACCGGCUGGGCCAUCACGAACGCUCUGCUCUCCGACUAUCCCUCUCCCGAUGCCUUCUCCAAAGUUACAGCCCUGACGAACCGGCCUCUGAGCAAGGAGCAGGCGCAAUGGCCAGAAAGCAGCAAGCUCCAGCUCGUCAGCGGCAUCGACCUGCUCAUGGACGGAGGCCAACAAGGUCUCGAAAAAGAGAUGCAAUCAAAGAUCGGCGAUAUGUCUACGGUCUCACACGUCUACUUCUUCUCGUACGUGAUGGACCUCGAUCCUGCAAAAGAGAUCUCCAUCAAUGUGACCCUGCUCGAACGUGCCGUGACAGCCGUCGAGAACCUCUCCAAGAAUCUCAAAUACGUCGUCCUGCCGACCGGCACCAAGGCCUACGGUGUGCACUUGAUCGACAAGUUUCCCUUUACGCCGCCGCUCGCGGAGAACCUGCCCCGCAUCCCCGAGCCGUAUGCGAGCGAGAUGUUCUAUUACAACCAGCUCGAUAUGCUAGCUUCGCUGGCGAAAGGCAAGCAAUGGACGUGGUGCGAGGUCAGGCCGGAUGUAGUGGUCGGAUUUGUGCCGAACAACAACGUGUACUGUCUCGCGCAAGCAUUGGCACUCUACCUCUCCUGCUACGCCGCCGUCGCCGGCCCCGGCGCCUCCGUCGAAUUCCCCGGCACCGCCGCCUCCUGGACCAUCCUCAGCAACGACAGCAGCCAAGACAUCCUGGCCAAAUUCAGCAUCUGGGCCUCGCUGCACCCCUCCGAAACUGGUGGCCAAGCCUUCAACGUCGCCGACAACGCGCGCCCGUCCUCCUGGUCCGAGAAGUGGCCCGUCAUCUGCGAGUUCUUUGGGCUGAAAGGCGUCGGCCCGCCUCCAAACGGGGGCUCCGGACCCCAGCCGGGAGAGUACCUGGUGGAACAUGUGGAGACGUGGAGGGAGUUGGAGCAGAAGCAUGGGCUGCAGAAGGGGAGGGUUGAGGGGAAUGAGCGGAGUUUUGGCGGGUUUCCAUAUUUUAUUAUGACAAUGUUUAAUUUUGAUCGGCAGAUGGAUAUGAGUAAGCUGCAUGAGACGUGGGGGGAUGAGAAGGUGGAGACGGAUGCAAAGGGGGCGUGGUGGACGGCUUUUGAGCGGUUUAGGAGGGCGAAGAUCAUUCCGUAA